GUGAGAUAUUUUUAGUCUAAUUAUUUAGCCUAAUUAGGGGCAUGAUUAGUGGCUGCAAUUCUGUUGGCCUUAAUAGGGUAACAGUUCCUUGUAAAUGUGUAUAUAUAUAUUGUUGUCUUGAUGAAUGAAAAGAUACACAUUUUUCCAGCAGUAAACCUUAUUAUGGUAUCAGCAGCAAGGGAAAAUCCUAGGGAGCAUUAAAAUACCAUUUUUCUUACAGUACCAUAAGAGAUUAUGGCUGAGAAUAAUGGUAAUGGCGAGAAACAUAGCGAGAAGAAAGUCGACUUGAUAUUUUUCCUAGGCCCCAGUGACAGUCCAGGCAACGUGAUUACACCAAUUCAAUUACGUGGUCCGAAUUAUGAUGAAUGGGCGAGGGCAAUUCGCACCUCAUUGCAAGCGAAGAGAAAAUACGGAUUUGUCGAAGGGAAAGUCCCAAAACCAACCACACCUGAGAAAAUGGAGGACUGGAUCGCAGUGCAUUCGAUGCUCAUAGCGUGGUUGCUCAACACUAUCGAGCCAUCACUACGCUCUACUCUUUCCUAUUAUGAUGAUGCGCAAUCCUUGUGGACACAUCUCAAGCAGCGUUUUUGCGUUGUGAACGGGACUCGUAUAUGCCAAUUAAAGACAUCUUUGGGAGAAUGCAAGCAAGGCAAAGGGGAAGAGGUAUCCGCCUACUUUGGUCGUCUAUCUCGUUUAUGGGAUGAACUUAUGACUUAUGUCAAAAAGCCGACUUGCGAAUGUGGACAAUGUACGUGUAAUAUUGCCCAACAAGUGGCUGAUUUAAGUGCGGCAGACUACCUGCAUCAUUUUCUUAUUGGUCUAGAUGGUGUUUAUGCAACGAUUCGCUCAAAUUUGCUUUCUCAAGAUCCAUUACCAACCAUUGAUCAAGCCUAUCAGCGAGUCAUACAGGAUGAAAGGCUGCUGCGGGAACAGUCUUCACCUCAUCUGAACAGUGACAAUGUCAUGGCUUUUCGAGUUACACCUGAUGCACGGGGUAAAUCUAACCGUGUGGACAAUUCUGACAAAUUUUGUACUCACUGCAACAGAGAAGGCCACGAUGCAAGCUCGUGUUUUCAGCUUCAUGGGUUCCCCGACUGGUGGGGAGACCGUCCUCGGGGUGGUCGUGGACAGGGUCGUCAUGGACCAAUGAAAGGAGCAAGCCGUUCUGGAGGACGUGGUAGGGGCACAAACAACACAUCUGUACAUGCCCACAAAGCCACAGCAGGUACCAAUAGCUACGGUGCUAAAGGUGGGCCGUCUCAUGCACUACCGAACUUAGGUGAGUCAACAGGAAUAUCAGGCAUCACUCCAGCACAGUGGCAACAACUUCUUGACGCUUUGAAUAUUCCCAAAACCAAGGAUCGCCUUCACGGACCGGAGGACGAGGAUGUUGAUUGGAGCGGGUGAACGGACUGAUGGACUUUACUUUUUUCGGGGUGUUCCGAAGGUUCAUGCAUUGACAUUCAGAGA